AUGGGGAUGCUACCAAACAUUGCCUACAAGAUCGCUCUUCCGGCAAACGAGUAUGCUGCUAUGCCCCCAGCCAAUAUUCAGCUGAUGGGCCACCACUUUUUCUAUGACUCCACCACUCCAGAGUUCAAUCUGGACACAACAACCCUUAAGCAAUAUGGAAUUGCCAUGACAAAGAAGCAGAGCCAAAUCAAUGCGCCUUCGAGUGCAGUCAAGGGCGAGAACGGGGCCGUUGCCUGGUUGUACCUCUCAACGACCACUGGGACUGUUGGCAAUUACAAGAAGGUCUAUCGGGUCGACACUGCCUCUGGGUCUCCACCAGACACCUGCAAGGGCAUGCCGUCGACAUUCGAGGUCCAGUAUGCUGCAAAUUACUAUUUCUUCGGAAACUAG